GUUUGCCGUCUUUGUUCAGGAGUAGUCGAUUGGAAGUACUGAAUAAGAAUGGGAUGUGCUGCAGGUGUAUCUAAUGCUGUUGGUGUCGAGUGGCUACGUCACACCGCGUUCAUCAUCCUCAACAGUUUCCGUUAACAACUGGUCGUUUAUCAAACCGCAAACAAGAAUGCACCGUGAAGUUACUACAAGGUUCCAUUAAAAGGCUUUCACGUUUGCUGAUGGAACGUUCCGACUCUCCUUUCGGGUCACCGACUCGAGGCUUGUUUCCAGCUCGUCUGCUCGGGCCUGCGCAUUGCGGACACCGCGUCUGGUGGCGUGCCAGCAUCCAUUAUUCAAAUCUAAUUUAGUGGAAAUUAUUUUUUGGCACAUGGUGCAGUUUUGUAUGUCUCUGUGGUGCAAAUCAGAAGCACUGGUCAUUGUUUUGUGUGCGUGCGUCCGCUGCAUUACAAAAGAUGCAGAGGCAAGUUUACGGCCUCGGAGGAGCUUAUUUGACUUGAUCAGCUGACCAUUAUGCUAUCAUGGUUUGACUCAGUGGGAAAAAAAAGUACACUUGGCAAUUCUGCCUAUUGGCUAAACGUCCAACGUGUGGUAAAUUUUCCUUCUGAGUUUCUUUGACACGGGGCACCGUCCACCCGCCUCUUGCGUGCGUGUGGGCGACCAGUGAUGUACGGGGAGCAUCCCCGCGGGAGCAUUCAUCUGGAUUCCCUUUAACUAAUUAGGACGGAGGGAAGAGGAGGUCAACGGGAUGGCCCGAGACAGAGCAUGUGAGAGCGGGAGUCUUAAUUGAAUGAAAGCCCCUUCUGCUCUCAGAUGUUGUAAACAAGAAGGGCUCAGUUACCCAACCCACUUGUCUUCUGCUUAAUUGCCCACCUGCUAACCUCAACGUGACACCCUCCCAUGUAAACCCCAGACUGGAAUCAAUCAAACAUAAAGGGAUUAGCAGCUGCAGCAAUUCUGCCUCGUUGUCCACGUUCCUCGCCAGCCCACACAGCAGAUUCCUGAUGAAGCAUCCCGCUUGCUCAAACUUCGGCUGAUCUGUCUCUGUGCUGCUCCUAAAUCAACCUUAUGGGCCAUUUUAGAAAUUACUCCCAUCACGAAGUGCAUACAUUUCCCUUUCCUCCAUUUGUGCUGAGAAAAGUGCGAGCGGCGUCAAUAGCUGCUGAUCCUUGUUAUUAUCCGAUUGGCAAGUUCCGAGAGGAAUGUUCAGAAACUUGCCGCACUCUGGCUCGUCCCGCUGAUGGAUUGACAUUUCUGAGUUUGAGGUGCAAAAUAAACGUGAAAGGAACAGUCGGACAAGCGCUUGUGCACGAUUUGUUCGUGUGAAACUGGUCACAUAUUCACUAAAAGCACAAUGCGGGAAAAACACAUCCACUACACUGCACACAUUAAAACUCAUUCAGUACCAGCCAAUUCUGGACCAAGUCUGAAAAGACGUUUAAAAACGUCUUUGGGAGUGAAUGAGUUAACACGAAAAUCGGGCCUAAUGAAAUUAAAGCUGAUUAUUUUCACGUAACACCUUGGUAAUGAUAAUCCCCUAAAGGACCCGUCAUAAAGCCAAGAGUGAAAUCUGCCUGGUGUCAGCUUUUACAAUGAGAAGCACUUGCGUGAUUAGAUGUCUCUGCGAUCAAUGCCGCUUCUUCUGACGAUCAUUAAGACUGCUCUUAACAUAUUACAGCCCCCUCCCUAACACGCACUGCCCCGCCCCCGCCCUUCUCAUCCUCUCUUCCUCGCUCCUCCUUUCUUGACACACACGCACGCACACGCAAACAUCAGCCUGCAACACACACAAGAGGACCUCUGACUCUUUAUUUCUUCACUUCAACUACAUUUUUUUGGGGAGGGGGGGCACUUGGAGCAUCCAAUCGCUCUGGCAAGUAUUGGUUGACGAUGUGCUGAUUUUGUCACAGUGAUAUGACAAACUAAGUCACGAGAACCAAAGUCAGAUGCCAGAAACCAUGGAGCGGCUCGCCAUCCUCUGUCACCUCAUGAUUUCAUGUUUCCAUCCAUCAGGAGCCACAAGCCUCAUUACAGCGGAUCUUUUUGAAAGUCGAGGUCAGCGUCUGUGCAAAGCGGGUAACGGCAGGCCGUGUUACAAGCUGGCCUAUUUCUCCGAGCUGCGGCGAAGGCUGAAUUUCGGGGAGGCCGACCUGGCAUGCCGCCGGGAUGGCGGCCAGCUUCUCAGCGUGGAGUCGGCGUCCGAGCAGAAGAUCGUCGAGCAACUCAUUACGGAUCUGAGGCCCACCGAUGGAGACUUCUGGAUCGGGCUGCGGCGUAACCACGGAGAUGAGGACAGCAGCGGUGGCGGCGGUGGCGACUGCUCGUCGCAGUACCACUGGUUGGACGGCACAAAGUCUACAUUUAGGAAUUGGCACUGGGAUGAGCCAUCAUGCGGCUACGAGGUGUGCGUGGUGAUGUAUCAUCAGCCGUCCGCUCCACCGGGGCUGGGAGGUCUCUACAUGUUCCAAUGGAAUGACGACAACUGUGAAACCAAGCAUAAUUUCAUCUGCAAAUACACAGCAGACAAGUCAGCUGAUCCCUCUCCUCCAAACUCCACUCAUGCAGACACCUUUCCCUCAUCUGUGCCGUGGAAUCCAAAUAACCACAACGCAAAGAGGAGCACAGCCCUGAAUGUGAUCUAUAUCAUCAUCCCCACCAUUCCGCUCAUUCUGCUGCUGCUGACGGUGACGGGCGUCUGCUGCUUCAAAAUGAUCAUCACCCGACCAACGAAUGAGAAAAAGUCAGAAGUACCCGGGACAGAGCCUGGUGCCCGUCCCAGCCCAUCCCCAACUGACGUCUACAAUGUGAUUCGCUCCCAGAAGGACGAUGACUUGGUAUCGGGGCGCCCCCACACCAAAAACACGUCCUUUCUUUGCUCGUCCCCCGACACCCCCACGGGGGAUUACGACAACCUGGGGGGCCGCGACACCGAGAGCGGCUUCGUGACUCUCGCCAGCACUGAGAGUUCCUUCCUCAACUUCGACCUCAACGACCUCAGCUUGGGGCGUCGCGGUACGCGCGACCUCCACAACAGCAGCUUAGGUCGCCCGGCGAAGAGGGAUGUGACCGACGGGACUCUGCCUCGACCCGAACAGUUUUACGACCGCAGUCUGGGCCGCCGCACCGCCAAGAGCGAGCAUUUCGGCAGCGGCGGCGCCUACGGGGACCACGAGUUGUUCGAUGACAUCAUGGCGGCAAAGAGGGACCUCUACGAGCCCAAAGUGACGCCCGGGAUUCACACGGUCAAGGCGGACCUAUAUCAGACCUACAGCAACAACGGCAAUGGGGACUCUUACCAAAGCAUCCUCGGAAUGUAUGCAAACCGUAAACCCUACCAGGCCACGCUGGAGAGCUACAGAAGUGGUCUGAAUCCCGACGGAGGGAGGAAAUACUCAAAUGAACAACAGUGGCUCGACAGUGGAAAGUACUGAUUGUGUGUGUGUGUGUGCGUGGGUGUGUGUGGGUGUGUGUGUGUGUGUGGGUGUGUGUGUGUACAGUAAAAUUAUGUCUGGUGAUGGACGUGGAUGGUAAAAAAAGUUGCAUGUGCAUGGUUUGAAACUAAUUUAACUGGAGGAAAACAACCUGAUGUUGCUUGUCAUUAUCAGCAAUACAUCCGGAAAGCAUUCACUUUUUGCACAUUUGUAAUCGAUCCCAUGGGUAUAUAAUUAAUAAUUAUGACAAAUUGAGAUCCAAGUACAGAGCAUUACACAUUUUUAGUAAGAAUGAUUUCAAGGGUCGCUUAACAUGUCAGCUGGGAUCGGCUCCAGGUGUCCAUGACCCGAAUGGGGACAUCAGAAAAUGAUUGAAAAUGGAUGGAAUUUGGUGAUUUAGUUUAUUCCAUUAUCACAUAUCCCUUAUGUUGCAGAGUUCCUUGCCGAAGAGCGACUUUUUGUUUUCUUUUUUUGACCAUGACAUACUCGGAGGAACACAAAUAGGGGGGAAAUUACUAGAUCGCAGCGAUGAAUGCGGAUUUCAUUCUUGGAAAAGGUGUCAUUUGAUAUCAUCACUCUGGAAAGAUUGAACAUUGCGGUGCUGCAUACACUGAACCAACGUCAUGAAGUGAGCUUGAUAAAGUGCAGUUUGCGUUUGCUUUUUAUCAUACCAUAGCGCACGGGUUCCCAACCGCCGGUCCACGGACCGGUACCGGGCCGCACAGAAAAAAAACUUGCCUUAAUUCCGUUUUAUUUAUUUCGGAAUACGAAAGUUGUAUUAUUUUGAAAAAAUAUCGGAUUCUCAGUUACAUCUGUCUAUGUCACGCUUGACUAACGUCAAGACACGCUUCUCCGUCACGUGACCAAUUACGCUAAAAACAAAAACGCUUGCGCUCGCAAAAUGAGUAAAAAAAGCUGCUGGACAUCACUAAUGAAAGCGGCCUUAAAAGUGUGUUCGAGACAACUGGAUAAAGUUAUGGCUGAAUACUCUGAGAUCGCCACAAUAGAACUGUUGAUAUUUCCUACCUGUGUGAGGUGCGGGGUUUCUGCAGCAACGGCGACUAAAACAAAAUUACGAAGUCGACUGUACAUAAACCACACACUUAAGGUGUCAUUGUCUCCAAUUAACCCGAGAUGGGACCGUUUGGUUGCAGAAAAUCAAGCUCGGGGCUGAGGUGAGUCGUCAUUUUCAUGCACUUUGAAUUUGCGUUGUAUCGUAUUUUGUAGGCAUUGAACAUUACCAUAGCGAUCAGUGUUGCGGCCAGAUUAGACGCUCCUUGUGUUUAUCAUGAUAUUUCGAAAACACCACAGUUUUCAUGUAGCUAAUACCAUCUUAUUUUGUUUUAUUAAUCCGGCACACCUUAAAUGCCGGUCCCUGAAAAUAUUUUCUGACAUAAACCGUCCGUGGGGCAAAAAAGUUGGGGACCCCUGCCAUAGCGGACAACACUAUGGAGGAUUAACCGAGGCCUCAAACAUCACGUUGAUAUUGUGCACUCAAGAGUAUUCGCGUGGUGCAUUCGGAAAAGAAACUGUGCAUGGCAUUUGCAUGACCUGUUGACAUCUCACUGAUGUGCUGUGCCUGUCUAUGUUCAUUGGAGUCAUUCCAAACCAUGAGCAGAAUGCAAGUGCUCGUUUUUGUGUCGUACAGUUGUGAAACAUCACGAUCGUAAAGCCGGAAUUCAGAAAUGGCUCCUUCCUAUUUCCUUGUGAAUCGAUCCGUUUUGAUUCGUCGUGCCUGUGAGUGUUGAGGUUGCUUAAUUAAUAAUGCAGCAUGUUAUUGAGGGACGUUCACCUGUGCUGAUAUUCGUAAAGAUGCGAAAUGUCUUGAUGUCUAAACCUGCUUUGUAUGUUUGUAAAGUAAAUAAACAAUCCAGUCGGCGA